AUGAAGGCGGCUCCGACGGACUCACCACCCAUCAUGUCGCCGGCGUUGGACGUGGUGGCGCGGAGCAUUGUCCAUCUCUCAAGCCUACCAGCAUGCGCUGUCGAUUGCCUCCCCGCGCCUCUCGUGAACGGUACGAGCACGGUGACGGCGUCCAAGGUCUGCUCGCAGAUUGAUCGAUCCAUUUUGGACCAGUGCCUCUACGAAGCAUGCGCCGUUCCGCAAGCCAUCUCGGCGAGAAACGUGACGGAGAGGGCUUGCCAGACGGCGGCGGGAAGCAAGGUCGCCGAGUUCAUCGGCAUCAACGUCGCCUUUGGUCUCGCGACGACCUUUGUCGUCGGCGUCCGGCUCGGAUACCGACUCUUCUUCGGCGCCCGCCGAGGGCACUUUGGCGUUGACGACUACCUCAUCCUCUUGGCGUCCCCGAUCGCCCUCGCCGAGCUCGGCUGCCUCUUUGGCGGCCUCAGCAGGCACGGACUCGGCCGGGACGUGUGGGCCCUCGACGCGAGCUCCGUCGUCGCCUUUGGCCUGUACUUUUACGUCGUCGAGCUCAUGUACCUCGUGCUCCUGACGCUCAUCAAGUUGACGCUGUCCGUCUUCUACCUCCAGAUCUUCCCGGGCGAGAGGGUGCGGUACCUGCUCUGGGGGACCAUUGUCUUCCACGGCGCCCUCGGCCUCGCCUUUCUCGUCAAGGCCGUCUUCCAGUGCCGGCCGAUCAGCUGGAACUGGGACAAGUACGACACCGUCGGGGCGGGCGGGCCGCCGCGGGGCAGCUGCGUCAACAUACACGCCUCGGGUUGGGCCAACGCCGUCAUCAACGUGGCGAGCGACUUUUGGCUCAUCGCGCUCCCGCUGAGCCAGGUGAGCAAGCUCUCGCUGCACUGGAAGAAGAAGAUUGGCGCCGCCUUUAUGUUUGGCACGGGAUUGCUAGUCACCAUCGUGUCCAUGCUCCGGCUCAACUCGCUCGCGUCGUACGCCAACACGACGAACCCGACGUGGGACCAGUACGGGGUCGUCGUGUGGUCGGCCGUCGAAGUCAACGUCGGCAUGAUCUGCACCUGCCUGCCGACGCUGCGGCUCGUGCUGCUUCGCAUCUUCCCGCGGAUCAUGGGCAACGAUACGCGUCUGCAAAAGUACACGGUCCGCUACGGCUCGUCGAGACGCUCCGACGGCCCAGCCCGGCACCCGGCCGAGGUGGCCCUCGAGGCCGGCAGCGAUGCUGAUGCUGAUCUUGACGCCGGCUUCACAAACAAGAUGGCCUUUUCGACGACGACGCCGACCGACGACGUAGGCAGCGGGGACAUUGCCGACGAAAGACCAAGGACGAGUGCGGAUGCGAGGACGAAUGCGAGGACGACUGUUGGAGAGGAAGCGGUGUGGGUGGAAAGGAGGCAAAAGGCUGGCAGCUCGACCGAUAUGGCCACAAUGGUCGGGCAGGCGGACACGCGGACGUGGGGGAGGCGUUUCCCAGCGGCUGCCCAGGCACUGGAACCGCUGGCCCGGCGCUGGACGGCGCUGUGGAUACGCCAAAGGGCUGUCAGGUCAAGGGACCAGGGAUAG